GGCCAUUUGUGAUUAGCAGGGAUUUGUGUACGGAUGUAUUUAUGAGCCCGUUAUGUCUUUAGAACAAUAAAGAAGACGCUACCGAUGGCACGUGACACCACAGAGGUUUUAAUUUAAUUUACAAACAGUUCGAUUUUAAGUAUGCAAUGUAGACUGGCAGACGCAAGGUUAAUAAAUAAUUAAAAUAAAGGACUACAGGAAGACGCGCGCGCUGUUGAAAGUUUCAUCGAUCUGCGCGCUCUCGUCGCGUGAUGCCGAGUUGAGUCUCGUGGAACGGCGCGAAUACUCCGUAACGGUUUCUCGGCGGAUGUGCUGUAAAUGUCCGUCGUGAGCGGAGUUCAUUUCGGAGCUGUAGUCUGAAAUGUGAGCCCGUUACCGGAUUCCCAGGCUGUGAAAAGCGCAAUGACAGCUCGGUUCGUGCUUGAGGAGGGGUCAACGGUCUCGUUUCUGAGGUUUGCUUAUGAAAUCUGGCUUACCCAAAGGGCUUUUUUUGAACAGGCAGUGUGGUCAUCUUCUGUUCUGAUCCUGACAAGAGAGAGAGAUGAAAAAAGAGGUCAUUACAGUGCUGAAUUCACAGUGCAGCCCACAGAUGCAUUAGUAAACAAACUUCAUCACCAGAAGGCUUGGAGACGAAGCACUCCUGUUCAUGGAGGGCUGCUGGACCCUGCUGCUGUUUCUGGGGGCGUACCUGGUCCUCCUGGCUGCAGAGACACGCUUGAUUACAGGCAAAGGCAUCUACACCAACACGUGGGCCGUCCACAUUGAAGUGGGAGCCGAGGAGGCUGAGAGGAUUGCACACAAACAUGGUUUCAUCAGUCACGGGCAGGUUUUCGGGGAUUAUUAUCAUUUCCAGCACAGAGGUGUGGUGAGGAGAUCUUUGUCCGGCCAUCGUGGGGUUCAUGUCCGACUGCAUGCUGAGCCACAGGUGAUUUGGGCAGAGCAGCAGAUUGCCAAGCGAAGACACAAGAGAGACAUUCAUAUUGAACCCACAGAUCCAAAAUUCUCCCAGCAGUGGUACCUGUACAAUCCCAGUCAUGGAGACCUGAAUGUGAAGGAGGCCUGGGCCCAGGGCUUCACAGGAAGAGGAGUGGUCGUGACCAUUCUAGAUGACGGCAUUGAGAAAGAUCACCCUGAUCUAGCUAGAAACUAUGAUCCCGAUGCCAGUUAUGAUGUGAAUGACAGAGAUCCAGACCCUCAGCCCAGAUACACACAGCUAAAUGACAACAGACAUGGGACACGUUGUGCCGGGGAGGUGGCGGCAGCAGCAAACAAUGGCGUCUGUGGAGUGGGUGUGGCCUACAAUGCCAAAAUCGGAGGUGUGCGGAUGUUGGACGGAGAGGUAACAGAUGUUGUGGAGGCUCAGUCUCUGAGCUUGAACUCCCAACACAUUCACAUUUACAGUGCCAGCUGGGGCCCAGAGGAUGAUGGGAAGACAGUGGAUGGCCCUGCCAAACUGGCCAAAGAAGCUUUCCUGCAGGGGGUUACUGAGGGUCGAGGUGGACUGGGCUCUAUCUUCGUGUGGGCAUCAGGUAACGGAGGGCGAGAGCGGGACAGCUGCAACUGUGACGGAUACACCAACAGUAUCUACACGCUCUCCAUCAGCAGCACCACACAGUAUGGCAAUGUGCCGUGGUACAGUGAGGCCUGUUCCUCCACCCUCGCCACCACCUAUAGCAGCGGAAACCUCAACGAGAAACAGAUUGUGACAACGGACCUGAGGAAGAAGUGUACAGACUCGCACACAGGCACGUCUGCCUCAGCUCCCCUGGCCGCUGGAAUCAUCGCUCUCGCUCUGGAGGCCAACAUGAACCUGACCUGGAGAGACAUGCAGCAUCUUGUGGUAAGAACCUCACGUCCCGCCCACCUAAUAACCAACGACUGGAGGACCAAUGGCGUGGGGCGAUUAGUGAGCCAUUCUUACGGCUAUGGUCUGCUGGAUGCUAGUGCCAUGGUCGUUUUGGCCCGGAACUGGAGCAGCGUGGGGCUGCAGCACAAAUGUGUCAUUAAUAUGCUGACUGAGCCCAGGGACAUAAAAAGCCACCUGGUCUUCAGCAGAAGUGUAGAGGCGUGUUCUGGACAGCUGGACUUUGUGAGCUCUUUGGAGCAUGUGCAAGCCAGACUCACCCUCUCCUAUAACCACAGAGGAAACCUGGCUGUUCACCUCAUCAGCCCACUGGGAACUCGCUCCACGCUGCUGGCUCCACGGCCUCAGGAUAACUCAGCCGAAGGGUUCAACGACUGGGCAUUCAUGACCACUCACUCCUGGGACGAGGACCCUCGGGGAGAAUGGACCCUGGAGAUUGAGAAUGUGGCUGGACUUAAUGAUUAUGGCGUUCUUUCACAGUUCACCCUCAUCUUAUACGGCACCGGCUCCAGUGCAACAGAUCCGUCCAUUUCCGAUUACACCCGGCCUUCAAACAACAGCUGCAAAACUUUUGACACCCAGCAGAUCUGCAUCGAAUGCAGCACGGGUUUCUCGCUUUUCUUGCAAGGCUGUGUGAAGUCCUGCCCUCCCGGCUUCAGCUCUGGGCUGCAGGUGCUCAACGUGUCGUUGGACAGCUGGGUGGAACAUUCUACUGUACAGGCGUGCCUGUCCUGCCACCCGGUCUGCCUGACAUGCUUCGGGUCCGGGGAGAACGAAUGUCUUUCCUGUCCCCCCCACAGUCACUUGGUGGUCACUUCUUGUUUGCACCAGAACCAGCGAAAAUGGUCCAGCAUUCCCAUGCUCCAGCACGAGGUGGACUCAAACUCAGAUAAAUCCUUGCACGAUCCCGGCCUGUCCUCGAGAUUGCCGGCACUGGUGGCGGUGCUCAGCUGUGCCUUCAUCCUGGCCACUUUCGCAGCUGUUUUUGUGUUGCUUCAGCUGCACUCCAGAGCAGUCAGUGCCCCGUUCUGCCGGAGGACCAAACUGCCGGUGAUGGAGACGGGUGGAGGGGGAAUACGAGUGGGCUUCGGGUUCGGACUCGGCCGGGGGAAAGUGUCGUACCGGGGUAUCCCCACUGUGUGGGGGGACGAGGAUGCAGCAGGAGGGAUGAACUCUGAGUCCGACAGCGAAGAGCUGGAAUAUCACAGCGAAAAGACUGCUUUUAUACGGACUCAAAGCGCUCUUUAGCACCACAUAUAGUUUUUUUUUUUUUUUACAUCUGUCUUCCUUGUACUGGGACACAGAACUAGUCUGCACUACAGACUUAUAGAUCCACUGCGAAGUUUAUGUGUUUGAGAGAGAGAAUGCCAUAUAUGAGCUAUAAUGGUACAAUUGCGGUUUGAUGAGGUUGACCCUAACACGAUUAAACCCUGGACAUCUCCGCUGCGCUGAAUGAUUCCCUUUAUUUUCACCUUUAUUUGUCUUGGUGGUCUAGCUCUAAUGCCCUGAGAUUUGAACCACUAAACAGGAUCAAUACCAUCAGUUGGGGAGUGUGUGUUUGUGUGUGUGUGUGCGCCAGCUGAGCUCGUAGAUGUGUUUGUUGUGCGUGUGCAGCGUUUGAGUAACUUUGAGUGACUUUGUAACACAACAAAAGGGCUGUAGUUUGUUCCAGUCAACUUUUAUUAAAAGUUUGGACUGUUUUAUGCACAAAACUUCUUGCACUUCUGUAACUUCCAUUACUCCCAUUGCCAUUAUAUCACUCAUCAUUUGUGCAAAAAGUCCUCACACUCUGACAAUAAAGUCUGCGUUCUGCUCUCUCUGCUAGUCAAAGGCAGCUCCGGGACAUUUCCACUGAUUCGAUCAGGGAUGAUUUAACUGCAUAAUUUCUGUUGCAACAGAGAUGUUGCAACAGCAUCCGUAAAGUGAACCAUAACAGCAUGGAAUUAGAUAACACGCAAACCUCUGCCUGCUAAGAGCCUCCGGCACGGAUUCAGAACAGUGGGAAUCACAGACAAACAAGCGAUCGAAAUGCUGAACUGAAACACAGCUCCAUGUGCAGAGAUCUUAUCUGUCAGUCAAGCUAGAUCCAGCACUGUCUUAGAUUGAUUUGGGAGCUCUACAUUAGAAAUAUCUUGAUACACAUCACAUUUAUGACUUUUUUUUUGUUACAUCAUGAAAGUUUUAUCCUAACUUUUAACUUUACUGUAGUUUUUUAGAUCAUUUAGGUUUGUUUUGUCUGUUCUAUCACUCAGUUUAUUAGCAUGUACCUUCACAGUUGGCUCAGUGAAUACCUAUUAUGGGUUUUCAAUAGCA